AUGGAGGCCGGAGGUGCUGAGGAGCCCCCCAGCCUGGGCUCGGCUCACAGCUACCCAGGAAGAUGCUGCCGCGCCAGCCCCACCACCCCCGCAGGCCCCAACCCCUCUCACCCCAAGGAGCACCUCCAGGACUACAGCCUACCGGGCUCAGUAGCUGUAGACCCAGAGGCCGAGGGAGGGGCCCGCUGCGGGGAUUGGCCGCUAGGCGGGGCGGGGCCGGCCUUGCCAGCCCCCACGGAAGGCGAUGGGGGUGACGAUCAGAGCCUGGCACUGGCCGCUGGCUGCCCAUUCAGUCUCCCCGCGUCCCUUCCCCCUGGGCCGAGGGUAGCUUUCCAUCCUGUCGGAGGGGCCCCAACCCGCGAACAAAGGAGGCUUGCGGUGGGGGCUGCGGGCUCCAGCUCGGAGGCCGGCUCAGGCACCUCGUCCCUCAGGACGGGGUCCAGAUGGGGCCCAGACGGUCACGCUGCCCCCGCCAGGCGACGGCGACUCCAGCCACGCACGUGUCCACACAAGUCCGGCGGGGUCCCACGUGUGCGCCCCCUCCCCAGCGGUCUGGCCUCCGCAUCUGGGUCUCUGGCCCCAGCUUCCCACCCCGUGGGGCCACGUGUGCGCGGGGAGCGCGCCCGGCACCGCCGGGGUCGAGCACGGCCUCCCACACCCGGGCGGCAGCCGGUCAGAGCAUCGCCGGCCCCGGGACCUCCCCCGCUCCCCGCCCCGGAAACACCUCGUCGGGGCAGCUGUCACCUUUCCCGGCCGCCGCGGCGCCCCUGGCCGCCCCCCGCCCUCCCCGCAGCCGGGCCGCAGUCGGUGGGCGCAGCGGAAGGGAGAGGCCGGGCCGCCACUCACCGCGCGCUCUGCCGCCGCCGCCGCGCUCGCCUCCCCGCCGUGCCGCGCGCCUGGCUGCUCGGAGCGGAGGCGCGUCCGCCGGCUCAGCGCUGCGCGCGCUCCGCCCCCUGCCCCCGGCCCUCGGCGAGCGGCCUCCGGCUCCCCCUCCCGGCCGCCGCGGCCACUGCGCCGGCCUGGCCGCAGCCGCCCGGCCCCGAAAGCCCUUCCUGGGUCUGCGGGCCUCGCGGCCCCGCAUGGGCCAGCGGCCCAGGGAUUCGCCCCGGCGGGCCAACGGGUGGCAGGCAAUGCUCGGAAGAGGGUGUCCUCGGGCAGGAGCGGUCCCCAGCCGCACGGUGGGCGCCUGGCGGGGACUGAUCGGGCGGAGCACCUGCCCACCACCU